AUGAAUAACCAACAUCAUAUCCAACAGAAUAAGUUCUAUUCCAUCUCUAAUCAAGGUCCAGGCAGAAAUGCAUGGUCUCACCAACAACAGCAGCUAUUGGAUAGUAAAGGUAAUACAAACAAUUCAAAAUCACCGAUGUUGAUGGCGAAUAACAACGUGUUCUCUAUUGGCCCUUACCGACAGAGAAAAGAUGCCAGUAGAGUAUCUGUUCUAGAGAGGUUCGAAAUUAUUGGGUAUAUUGCGUCAGGGACCUACGGUAAGGUUUACAAGGCAAAAGCAAAAUCUCCUGUUGCUGAAGAUAGCAAUUCUAGCUCUAAAAAUGGGUUAAUUAAUGGUUCUAUGUUAAAUCUGGAUAAUAAUCAUGGUAAUAUUUCAUUGAAAGACGUCGAUGGUAAUGUGAAUGAUAAUUUACACAUUAAUGAAGAGGUGCUGAAGGACUCAAUAUCGCCGUCUAAUAACAAUGCGCCCGAUCUUGGACAUGGCAAUAGAGGUUCGGGUAAUUCCAUGAAAUUAUCUCCUAAAAAGAAGGGCUCUACUCGAUUUUACGCCAUCAAGAAGUUCAAGACCGAGCGAGAGGGCGUUGAACAACUGCAUUAUAUAGGAAUUUCUCAGAGUGCGUGUCGAGAGAUGUCGUUGUGCCGAGAGCUGGAUAAUAAGCACUUGACUAAGUUGGUGGAGAUAUUCCUGGAGAAGAAGAGUAUUUAUAUGGUGUCUGAAUUUGCAGAGCACGAUUUGCUGCAAAUAAUUCACUUCCAUUAUCAUCCAGAAAAGAGGUUGAUCCCCGCUAGGAUGCUGAAAUCCAUAAUGUGGCAAAUCUUGGAUGGUGUUUCAUACUUGCAUCAAAAUUGGAUCCUACACAGGGAUCUGAAGCCUGCUAAUAUCAUGGUAACAGUGGAUGGUUGUGUGAAGAUCGGUGACCUUGGUUUAGCACGGAAAUUUUAUAACAUGGUCCAGACAUUAUAUACAGGUGACAAAGUUGUUGUCACUAUUUGGUAUCGAGCUCCUGAACUGUUGCUUGGUGCUCGGCAUUACUCCCCAGCAAUAGAUUUAUGGGCUGUGGGGUGCAUAUUGGCGGAAUUAAUUGGCUUGCGUCCUAUAUUCAAAGGUGAAGAAGCCAAAAUGGACUCUAAAAAGAGCGUACCUUUCCAAAGUAACCAACUGCAGAGAAUCUUGGAGGUUCUUGGUACUCCAACUCAACAAAACUGGCCUAAUAUCCACAAAUACCCUGAGUAUGAGCAAUUGGCUAAAUUUUCGAAAUAUAGAGAUAACUUGGCAGUUUGGUACCAAUCGUCUGGUGGAAGAGAUAAAAGCGCGCUAGAUCUCCUUUAUAGAUUAUUGAAAUACGAUCCUAUCACAAGAAUUGACGCUAUACAUGCAUUGGAACAUGAAUAUUUCACGAAUAAUGAUCCUCCAGUGGCUGAAAAUGUUUUUGAGGGUUUGAAUUAUAAAUAUCCACCACGAAGGAUACAUACCAACGAUAAUGACAUCAUGAACUUAGGUGUGAAAAAUAAGAAUGUGUUCAAUCCUCAUAAUACACAACAGCAAUCGGUUAAUAAUGGCGGCGGGGCCAACAGUUCUAUUGGUGGCCUGGGUGUAAACAGAAGGAUUUUAGCUGCUGCAGCCGCUGCCGCAGCCGCAGUCCAAGGUAAUAGUGGUAAUAUAACCUCUGGAAGCUCAAGUGCAAAUGGCCCACGGAGAAAGAAGAAGCGCUAA